AGCAAAACAGUAUUAUCGUUUACGUUCAUGCCGCUUAUGCGGUAAUCAUUAAUCAACGUCUUUAAAAUAUAAAAAAUCGUUGAAUUAAACAUGAUUUAAUUGUAUUUCUACGGGUAAAUAGUGUUUAGAAUUGAUUAAUAAAGAUGUGGCACGAAGCAAGGAAGCAGGAGCGCAAAAUACGCGGUAUGCUUGUCGAUUAUCGCAAGCGUGCUGAAAGACGCCGAGAUUUCUAUGAAAAAAUCAAAGCAGAUCCCACUCAAUUUCUGCAAAUACACGGUCGUCAAUGCAAAAUCCACUUGGAUCCUGCUAUUGCCACAGCUGCAGAAGGGCCUGCCACAAUGAUGCCAUGGCAAGGACAAACUGAUAACCUCAUAGACAGAUUUGAUGUUCGAGCUCAUCUUGAUUUCAUCCCUCCAGUGUCUGCAAAAGCUGAGGAAGAUGUAACCUCAGAAGAAAGACAAUUGAAUUAUGAACGAUAUCGAAUCAUCGCCCAAAAUGCGUUUCUCGGUAUUCACGAGGAGAAAUUCCUGAAACAGUUGCACCUAGAGGAACAAUUUGGUUACACUGAAAAUGAACCCAAGAAAAAGAAACCAACUGGUGGUGCAGCCAUCGGUUUUAAUUAUGAAGACAGCACAGGUGUUGCUGGCUCAUCAUUUCCACCAGCACCUCCCAAUGUUGGUACAAGUUCUGUUAACGAAGAAGAAGCAUCCGAUGAUAAUUCCGAUAGUGAUUUAGAUGUAGAUUUAUCAAUUAAUAUCUCAAAAAUUGACUCUGCGCAAGCUCACGAGAUGAAUCGUCAUGGCAGAAAUUUCGGAAUGAGCUCAAAUGAUUUCUACUCGUUUUUAACGAAUGAUUUAGAAGAAGCGGAAAGUUUCAAACUUGCUAAAGAAGAAGAACAUGAAAAAGCAUUGUUUUCCGGACGAAAAUCACGAAGAGAAAGACGAGCACAUAGAGAAAAACGUCUUGCGAAUAGAAAAAUAAGUCCGCCAAGUUACGCAGCGAAAGAAAGCCCGUCUUUUGCGGUAGAUAUGCAUGACAAGUCCGAAUCACGAUCACCAUCGCCUGAUAACUCAGGAAAAAUCACAUUUAUCACCUCAUUUGGAGACGAUGAGGAACCACAGGUGCCUGUUAAGCCAUCAUAUGCCGAUAAAGUAAAGUUUGGUGCUAGAUUGAAAAAGUUACGGCAGGAGAACUGCAACCGGCCGGAAUUCCCUGAAUCCAACCGAAAAGAACCGACAAAUUUCAAGAGUCUACGUCGUAAUCGUUCAACUUCAAGGAGUAGAAAAAUCCGACCGAGAAGAUCAACUUCGUCAAGUUCAUCAUCACGUUCCAGGUCUAGAAAUAGGUCUAGGUCUAAAUCCAGGCGUAGAUCUAGGUCUAGAUCAAGAUCUAAACGUAGAAGAACAUCACGGCGACAUUCCAGCACAAGCUCAAGCAGAAGCUCAUCCAGUUACAGCGCUAGGAGACGAAGAAGUCGCGAUUAUACAAGGAAUCGUCGUUCCAGAUCAUCGUCAAGUUCUUCAUCACGCUCCAGAAGUAGUAGAUCGUUGUCAAGGUCAAAAUCAAAAAGCAGAAGCAAAUCAAAGUCAAGAAGUCGAAGUAGUUCUAGUUGUAAAUCAAGAGAUGCUGAUAGAUUUAAAUCGAAAUCACGGUCACGAUCUCCAUCACUGUUGAAAGAUGAAGAAUUGAAUAAACAUAAUUCACCCGAGAAGGAAGACAAUAAAGAACUGAGUGUUAGAUUAGAAGGGAAUACAAAACAGGAUAAUUUGGAAGAUUUAAUGAAAAAUAGUUCAAAUUCAAACGAUGGAAGCAUUCCAAAAGCAGAAGAAAGCAAAACUGAUGAAGUGAGGCCAUUGCCAAGGUACUAUGGACGAAGGAAAUCGGAUCAAAGUUCAUCCGAAAUAGGCGAUUCCAGUGAUGAGGAUAGCAAUGAGAGUCCUAAGAGCACACAAACAAGUAAUAGUAAUCUCAAGAUUGGUAAUUCAGGCACAGCAACCAAAGGCGGUGCGAAAUCCUCCGCGAUCAUGUCACUUGCCGAACGCCUUAAGAGGAAACGACAGGCUUUAUUAAACAAACAAUUUAAAGCAGAUAAAAUUGCGGAACAAAUGAAAACGGAACGCGAGAAGCAAGAGCAACAAACGCGCGAAGAUGAAUUACGCGAAUUGGCGCUGAAAUUACGCAGAAAGCAGCGUGAACGUCGACAUGCCUAUGACAGCGACUCAUCGCAUUCUAGUUCGAACUCGCGUUCGAAGUCCCCGUCACAAUCACCAAAAACAAAGCGAAGUCGCAGUUCGUCGGUGAAGAAGGACCGCGCACGUUCGGAUAGACGCGGUGAUCGUGACAGGGACGAGCACAAGGACCACGCACGUCGCUAUACGGAUAGUAGUCGUGAUGGGCGCGAUUACGACCGUGAAAGAGACCGCGAGUACGAACGCGAGCGGGAGCGAGAUCGCGACCGCUGGGAGCGAGAUGAUAUUAGGUCUAGGGAUAAGGACAGGGAGCGGGAUAGGGAUACGCGUUACAGACGGCCGCGCUACGAGGAGAAGCGUAACGACGACAGGUAUUACAAGGACGAGCGUCGAAGAGAUCCGAGAGACGGGCGUGAGCGAGACAAUCAGAAUCAGAGUCAGAAGAGGUCGUUGGUUGAUUACUGAUGGAAUACUGCAGAGGGUGGAUGUGUUUUUCUUCUUUUUUUCAUGUUCUUGGUGUGGGUUUCAGGAGUUUAUUGCUUUAAUUGCUCAAAUUAUUUCAAUAAUCCGUGGAUUAUUAGGUAUUUCUAUCUCUUUAGAUGUUUUUCGUCAGGUUGCGAAAUAAUUUCAAUAAAAAUAUACAUUUAUACAUGAUAUAA